AUGAAGAUCACGGACGUGGUCUCAGAGCUCGAGAUGCAGAUGGACGAGACACAAAACCAGAGGGACGCCCGCGUCGAGGCCCUGUGGAAGCGCCUCGACUACCAGCGCAAGGGCGAAUUGGAUUGGAAGGCCCUGCAGCGCGGCCUCAAGAAGAUCGACCAUCCUCUCAAGAACGCCGACGACCUGCUCAAGAACAUCAUCCAGGUUGUCGACACCAACGGAGACGGCAAGAUUCAAUAUGAAGAGUUCAGAGUCUUUGUCGAGGCGGCCGAGCGCCAGUUGUUCCUCCUCUUCAAGUCGAUAGACCGUGACAACGACGGAAGGCUCGACAAGCACGAGCUUCAGUCGGCCUUCCAGCGUGCUGGUCUGGCCGUGCCAAUGCGCCGGCUGGGCACCUUCUUUGAGGACAUCGACAUGAACAACGACGGCUACAUCAGCUUUGAUGAGUGGAGAAAUUUUCUGCUUUUUAUGCCCAGUCAAGAUGCUUCUGCUACGUUGCGCACAGUCUUUACGUUCUACUCGGACAUUGUGACCGUCAAUUCAGAGGGUGACUCCAUUUUUAAUGAUGAUACUCUUCAAGGUUUAGGUACGACCAUAAACUCUCUUAUCUCAGCUCUCUUUGGUUCAAUCAUCAGACUUGCCUCCCCGUUGGAUCACCAGGAAGGUCGGACCGGGGCGGAUCCGCGGGCACAACCACUCUCCACGUCGGACCGGUCUUCGCAUGCUGCGGCAGAUUCCGACGCCACAACGAGGCAAGCAACAUCAACCACUCAUCGACAAGCGGUAUCACAACUUGACGGCACGGGCUACGGCGGUGACCAUCUUGAAGAGUUUAGCAGGCAGCAGUACGCCCAAGCGGCUAGGACAACCAAUGCCGCCUUGCGGGGCGCAAUCCACCAUCCUCACGCCACCACGACGACGGCGUCAAGCAAACCCACUCCGCAAGGCUCUGAGAUUGAAACUGAACUGAGUGAGGAGGUCAAUGGCAAGGAAAAUCCGCUGAUCAAGUACCUCCCCGAUGUAGGCUACUUUGUCGCCGGUGCUGUCGCGGGAGGUAUUUCACGUACCGCUACUGCUCCUCUCGACCGAUUGAAGGUUUACCUUCUGGUCAACACGAAGACCACGAACCAUGCCGCAAUCGACGCCGCCAAGAAGGGCCGCCCUUUGGAGGCCCUCAAGAACGGUUCUCGGUCCUUCUUCGUAGCUUGCAAAGAACUCUACUGCACCGGAGGCGUGAGAGGGCUGUUUGCUGGCAAUGGGCUCAAUGUCAUCAAGAUCAUGCCGGAAACCGCCAUAAGGUUUGGGGCUUACGAAGCCGCAAAGAAAACGCUGGCUGGGCUAGAGGGUCACAGCGAUACUCAUCACAUCAACCCCAUUAGUAAAUUCGUUGCUGGUGGCCUUGCCGGCAUGACCGCACAGUUCUUCGUGUACCCGUUGGACACACUAAAAUUUCGACUACAAUCAAACUACGUUGCCGGAGGCGAGCGUGGCUUCCCUUUGCUUGUGCACACAGCCAAGAAGAUGGGUGCCGACGGUGGAUUUAGGGCGUACUACCGUGGUGUCACCAUGGGCCUGAUUGGAAUGUUCCCCUAUUCAGCCAUUGACAUGGGCACAUUCGAGUUCCUCAAAUCAUACUACGUGACCUACCAGGCAAAACGUCUUGGCAUUCACGAAGAAGAUAUACAACCUUCCAGCACCAUCACGGGCAUCAUGGGAGCAUCUUCAGGCGCCUUUGGUGCGUCCGUAGUCUACCCACUCAACGUGUUGAGGACUCGACUGCAGACUCAGGGCACCAGCAUGCAUCCUGCACGCUACACUGGCAUCUGGGACGUCGCGCAGAAGACGCUGAAGAACGAGGGUCCCCGCGGAUUCUAUAAAGGCCUGAUGCCGAACCUCCUCAAGGUCGCGCCCGCGCUUAGUAUCACGUGGAUCGUGUACGAGAAGGCUAAGACCAUCAUGAACCUGCAUUGA